AUGAAUGGAAUUCACGAAAAGAAUAUGACAGAAAACCAAGACUGCCACCAGGAAUCCCAAAAAGGACAAGUCGAUCCCUAUCCACAAGACGCUUUCGGGAAUGAGGAACACGCAGACGUCCGGUACAAGGUCUUAACGUGGUGGCAAUGCGCCAUCCUCAUGGUGGCCGAGACCAUCUCCCUAGGAGUCCUCGCCCUCCCCGCCGCAGUAGCACAGCUAGGGCUAGGUCCAGCUCUUGCCAUAUUACUCGGACUCGGAGCAUUAGCGACAUAUACUGGCUACGUGAUCGGGCAGUUAAAGUGGAAGUACCCUCAUGUCUCGAGUGCUGCCGAUGCAGGUGAGCUUCUUAUGGGCCGGUUCGGCCGGGAGCUCCUUUUCUGGAGCAACAUGAUGUACCUGGUGUUUAUCAUGGCGAGUCAUUUGUUGACGUUCACGGUGGCUAUGAAUACAAUUACAAAGCAUGCUACCUGCUCCAUUGUAUUUGGGGUUGUCGGGCUGGUGGUUUCGUUUCUGCUGGCCAUACCCCGGACACUGGAGAGAAUGUCCUGGCUGUCGUUUGUUUCAUUCACCAGUAUCAUUGGCGCCGUCUUCAUAACAAUGAUCGCAGUCGGGAUCCGAAACCCACCAGCCUCCAUCCAGGCCGCAACAGACCCAACCCUCGUCUCCGGCUUCACAGCAGCAUCAAAUAUCGUCUUUUCAUUUUCGAGCCACAAUACCUUCUUCACCAUAAUCUCCGAACUCCGCGAGCCGCGCGAUUUCCCCAAGUCCCUCUUCCUCCUCCAAAGCGUCGAUAUGACAAUUUACGUCGUCGCCGCAGUUGUCAUCUACUGCUACGCCGGUGCAGACGUCCCUUCUCCAGCCCUAGGCGCGGCAGGGCCGCUCAUAUCCCGCAUAUCGUAUGGAAUUGCACUUCCCACUAUUAUAAUCGCCGGAGUGAUUAUGGGCCACAUCGCCUGCAAACAGAUCUACAUCCGGGUGUUCGCAGGGACAAACAGGAUGCAUAAGCGCGAUAUCGUUGCUGUUGGUUCGUGGAUUGGCAUUGCCUUUGGUGUCUGGGUCGCGGCUUGGAUUAUUGCGUCUGCGAUUCCGGUGUUUGAUAAUCUGCUUAGUUUAAUCGUAUCGCUGUUCGCUAGCUGGUUCUCGUUCGGCCUGCCUGGGAUUUUCUGGCUGUGGAUGAAUUUUGGGGACUGGGCUGGGUCUUAUCGGAAGGUGUUCUUGACGGGGGUGAAUCUGCUUUCGCUUUUUGUUGGGGUUAUUUUGUGCGGACUAGGGCUUUAUACAUCAGGAAAAGCGAUCCACGACGACCCUAGCAGCGAGAGUUUUUCGUGCGCAAAUAAUGCAGAUUAA